UAAAUGAGAUAAAAAGCGCGUGGUUGGUGCUUGUUUCUUUUUCUCCAGCUAGGUGUCGUAUCCGUAGCAGUGUGAAUAUCCGCGCAGAACGACGAGGCCAGCUCACACUGCCCGGCUACACCGCGAAAUGGUCACGUCUAUUCUUGGGCUCCUUAUCCUACCAAUAUGUCUUCAGCACUGUGGUUUUGUACACGGAUCAAAGACAGAAUGUGAGCCCAGUCAGUUCCAGUGUGGGAAUGGCCGCUGCAUCCCGUCUGUCUGGCAGUGUGACGGGGAUGAGGACUGCUCCGACGGCAGUGACGAGCACACCUGUGUUCGUAAGACCUGUGCGGCGGUUGAUUUUGUCUGUCGCAAUGGCCAAUGCGUCCCCAAGAGAUGGCACUGCGACGGUGAGCCAGACUGCGAGGAUGGCUCUGACGAGAGUGUGGAAGUUUGCCACACCAGGACCUGCCGUGUGAAUGAGUUCAGCUGUGGGGCCGGGUCCACCCAAUGCAUCCCGGUCUUCUGGAAGUGUGAUGGAGAGAAGGACUGCGAUAACGGCGAGGAUGAAAUUGACUGCGGUAACAUCACGUGCGCCUCGUUGGAGUUCACCUGUGCGAGCGGCCGCUGCAUCUCCCGUAACUUUGUGUGUAACGGCGAGGACGACUGUGGCGACGGGAGUGACGAGCAAGAGUGUGCCCCGUCGUCCUGCGGCCCCAGCGAGUUUCAGUGUGGCAACGCCACCUGUAUCCCUGGCAGCUGGGUGUGUGACGACGACGUGGAUUGCCAGGACCAAUCGGACGAAUCCCCUCAGCGCUGUGGUCGCCACCCCACGCCCCCGGCUAAAUGUUCACCCAGCGAGACGCAGUGUGGGUCUGGGGAGUGCAUCCACCGCAAGUGGCGCUGUGACGGAGACUCCGACUGCAAGGACGGCAGUGACGAAGAAAACUGUCCUGUUCGUACCUGCAGGCCAGACCAGUUCAAGUGUGAGGACGGCAACUGUAUCCACGGCAGCAGACAGUGCAACAGCUUGCGUGAUUGUGCAGAUGGCACCGACGAAGUCAACUGCAAAAACUUGACGCAGUGCAACGGCCCUGACAGGUUCAAGUGUCGGAGUGGAGAGUGUAUCGAGAUGAGCAAAGUGUGCAACAAGGCCCGGGACUGUCCUGACUGGAGCGACGAGCCCAUCAAAGAGUGCAACCUGAACGAGUGUCUGCUGAACAAUGGCGGCUGCUCCCACAUGUGCCGGGACAUGGUGAUUGGCUACGAGUGUGACUGCACCCCUGGACUGCAGCUCAUAGACCGUAAAACCUGUGGGGACAUCAAUGAGUGUAUGAAUCCUGGGAUCUGUAGUCAGAUCUGUAUCAACCUGAAGGGAGGGUAUAAGUGCGAGUGCCACAACAGUUACCAGAUGGACCCCACCACAGGAGUGUGCAAGGCCGUGGGCACGGAGCCCUGUCUGAUCUUCACCAACCGGAGGGACAUCCGGAAGCUGGGUCUGGAGAGGAGGGAGUACACGCAGAUCGUGGAGCAGCUGCGGAACACAGUGGCACUGGAUGCAGACAUCACCCAGCAGAAGCUCUUCUGGGCUGACCUGAGCCAGAGGGCCAUCUUCAGCACGGUGUUGGAUAAGCGAGGAGAUGUAGGAAGUCAUGUGAAGGUGAUAGAUAACGUCCAGACACCAGUGGGGAUCGCAGUAGACUGGAUCUACAAGAACAUCUACUGGUCAGACCUCGGUACCAAGACCAUAGCUGUGGCCAACUUCCUCGGCACCAAGCGUAAAGUUCUCUUCGACAGCGGUUUGAAAGAGCCUGCGUCCGUCGCUGUUGAUCCACUCUCUGGAUUCUUGUACUGGUCAGAUUGGGGUGAACCAGCUACGAUUGAGAAGUCUGGCAUGAACGGGGUUGACAGGCAGGUCCUGGUCCAGACUGAUAUUCAGUGGCCCAAUGGAAUCACCCUGGACCUGAUCAAGAGUAGACUGUAUUGGGUGGACUCAAAGUUGCACAUGCUCUCUAGCGUCGACCUGAACGGAGACAACCGGAGGAAAGUGCUCCAUUCCCCAGAUUACCUGGCUCACCCCUUCGCUGUCACUGUGUUCGAGGAUCGAGUGUUUUGGACAGAUGGGGAGAACGAGGCAAUCUACGGAGCAAACAAGUUCACAGGCUCUGAUGUGAUUACCCUGGCAAGCAAUCUGAACGAGCCACAGGACAUCAUUGUUUACCACGAGCUAAUCCAGCUGUCUGGGACAAACUGGUGCAAUGAGAAGGCUCAGAACGGUGGCUGUGCCUUCAUGUGCCUGCCAGCUCCACAGAUCAACAAAUACUCCCCCAAAUACACGUGCGUGUGUCCGAAAGACCAGACGCUCGCUUCAAACGGCCUUCACUGUAGACCAGAAGCCAACAUCAGUACAUCCAUCCAUGAGGUGGACUCUACAGCUAGAGGAUCUGCAGCUGCCUGGGUUAUCCUCCCUGUGUUGUUCCUGGCCAUGGCUGCUGCAGGAGGUUACUUGAUGUGGCGUAACUGGCAGCUGAAGAAUAAAAAGAGCAUAAACUUUGACAAUCCAGUGUACCUGAAAACCACAGAAGAAGACCUCAACAUUGAUAUCAGCAGGCACUCUGCCAAUAUAGGCCACACCUACCCAGCAAUAUCAGUUGUGAAUACAGAAGAUGACUUGUCAUAACCAAUCUGCCAAGUGACCCCCAUCGGUUUAUUCAACCUUUGGUCUCCAUGCCAACGACCUCUGCUUCUUUAACAGAGCUACAACCAGAUGCCUUCUGAAGUGUAUUAAGUUGUGUUUCCAGGGGGAUGUUUGUCAUUAGUUGUGUGAAUGAUGUAUGAAUUGUCCUACUCACACCAAGUGUGUCCAAAGUGGCAAGGGGUUUUGGGGGCUUGGCCUCUUUAUAUCCCCACUCCUUCCCCCUUAGCCCCAAAACAUUUCAAAGAUUCUACUACGUACGACCUUGCGUCUAGUUGAGUACACUGGUCGUCCUUUGAAGUGAGGCAAUGCAGGGCGCCAUACUGGUUCUGACCUUCAGUCCCCUACUGGACAUGUUUCUCUGAAUAUUUAUGAUAAGUGUAUUUUAGGCAGUACUGUCUUAAAAUAUGUACAUUUCUUAUGAACAUUAUCUCCAGAAGCACAUUCUUAUAAAUAUUUUUUUGUGCGAUUCUGUGCUGGGAAGAUGAGAGCUAAGGAAUGUCAUGUUACUACAGCAUUUGUAAAACAUUGUACAUAAACCCUCUUCCCCUAAGAACAGAAUCAGGACUGAAGCACUUUGAUCAAAUGGUCUGCUGUAAAUAAGAUUGUAUACAUUUGACUGAAAUCAAUUUUUGCUAUGGUUGGGCAUAGUACCAGGGUAGGGUAAGAUGUAUUUAAAACUGAAUUUGUUAAACUAUUUUGUAUGUUUGUGCCGUUGCUGUGACUUUUUCUAGCCAUGUGCAGGGGGGACUAAAUGCUCUGU